AUGUUGACAGUUGUGCCACAUAUAUCUCGCUUCCAUUUUCGCGCAGGAAAGCGUGGGCUCAGCAGCGACUACCUCCAACGGAAAGGCAAAUGGUUGCCCACGAAGAAGCCCCUCGAGCAAUUUCGGCGUUUGCAGAGAAGAGGACCUUCCUCCAUUGACAGCUAUGCGCUCCUUCGUGUUCUCAGGGCACAGACCAAGGCAUCGUCCCGAGUGGCAAGAACACAGCUCCACACGUUUGUCAUAACUCUCGGCUUUGAGCCCGUCGUACAUUUACAGACAGCUCUCAUCGGCAUGUACUCGGAGAUGGGGAGCAUAAAAGAUGCGCACCGAGUGUUCGACGAAACGUCCUGCAGGACUGUGGUCUGUUGGACCGCCUUGAUUUCAGCCUAUGUGAACAACAGCAGGCCGGGCAAAGCUCUCGAGCUCUUUAGGCAAAUGCAGUUGGAAAAUGUAGAGCCGGAUCGCAUUACGAUUACCAUUGCUCUAUCCGCCUGUGCAGAUCUUGGAGCUCUGGAUGCAGGGGAGUGGAUCCACAUGUAUAUCUACCGCCACCCGAGUAUGGGACUCGGAGAGGACUUGAUCCUCAGGAAUGCCCUCAUCAACAUGUAUGCAAAAUGUGGCCGCAUUCAAGCUGCUCGUCAUCUGUUUGAUAGUGCAAAGCAGAGGGAUGUGACGACGUGGACAUCCAUGAUCGUGGGCCUUGCCUUGCAUGGGCGGGCGAAUGAGGCUUUGAUGCUCUUUGCUGAGAUGAAAGAAAGCAUAAGCAGCGAAUCCAAUGGAUGUCGUGUUAGUCCUAACCAUGUCACCUUUGUCGGAGUGCUAAUGGCAUGUAGCCAUGCAGGGUUGGUCAGCGAAGGACGAUUUCACUGGGAGAACAUGCAGAGGGAUUACAAUCUGAGGCCUCGGCUUGCUCAUUACGGAUGCAUGGUUGAUUUGUUCUGUCGAGCUGGGCUUCUGGAGGAUGCUUAUGCCUUCAUCAAGGGAAUGCCAGUGCAGCGCAAUGCCGUAAUAUGGCGUACUCUGCUUGCUGCUUCUUGUCUCCAUGGCAAUGUCAGCCUUGGAGCUCUUGCUCGCCGUAGACUGCUCGAGCUGGAGCCUGACUAUGCCGGUGAUGAUGUUACCUUGUCCAAUGUGUAUGCAGCUGCUGGGUUGUGGGAUGAGAAGCAAGAUGUCAGGAAAAGAAUGAAGCGACAGAGAGAUCCUGGCUGCAGUUUGAUUGAAGUAGGAAGUAGGACACAUGAGUUUGUUGCUGCAGAUAGGAGACACCCUUAG